AUGGCCAGCGCAAUAUCCGACCUCUCGAGAACGACAACCGGCAACGACCGCUUCAACGCCGAAGCCGCGGCAUGGGACUGGCAACCUUUCGUCCACCAAGCCAGCAAAGGAGCCGCAGAAGCAAUCAUCAGGAUACUUGAGCAGAAAUAUACAACCCCCGAAAUUACAUCUCUCGACGUCCUGGAACUCGGCUGCGGAACAGGAGUCCUCUCGUUCCUCCUUGCCCCCAAGGUCCGACAAAUCGUCGCCAUAGACGCCGCUCAGGGCAUGAUCGAUGUCCUCAGGAGAAAAUGUGAACAACCCGAACUCCCAAAAAAUAUCCUUCCAUUGGCAUUACUACUAGAAGAUCCCGAAGAUACCAGAUUACCGCCCGCGGAUUGCCAGCAUCCCGGCGGUGAAAGGCAGAGAUUCGAUCUCGUCACGUCACAUCUAGUGCUUCACCAUAUCCCCUCCUUGAGACCCGUUCUGGAAACCCUCCAUGGCUGUCUGAAAAAGGAAGGGUGUGUGAUGCUGACAGAUUUUGAAGAUUUUGGGCCAGAGGCGAAGAGAUUUCAUCCUGCUAGUAAGAUGGUGGGGGUUGCUAGACAUGGAAUUGAUGCCGAUGAAAUCGCGGGACUGAUGAGGGAGGUUGGGUUUGUGGAUGUGGAUGUGAGGGCUCACUGGAGUGAGGAGAAGAUUGUGGAGAGGUAUGAGGGCGAAUUCGGACCCGAGGGGGGGUCCAAGGCGAAGGACGCAGGGGAGAAGAUGAGGUUUCCUUUUCUCGUUUGUCAUGGGGUUAGGAGAUGA